AGAGCGGCCCCGUGCCGGGCACGCCGGGGCGGCGCGAGCUGCUGCCGGUGGCGGCGGCGCGCCUGCCGGCCGGCGGCAAGCGGCCCUCGCGCACGCCCAUCAUCAUCAUCCCCGCCGCCGCCACCUCGCUCAUAUCCAUGUACAACGUCAAGGACAUGCUGCAAGAUCUUAAGUUUGUUACCGUCGAACAGAAGAAAUCCGAAGGCACAGUUCGCGAGAAUGAAGUAUUAUUGCAAAGAAGAAAAGGUGCCUCUGGUGACCACGUGCCAAAUAAUUCGUCAACUAUUACAGUACCUUACCGUGUAGUAGACAACCCCGGUAGAUUAUCCGCAGCUGAAUGGGAUCGCGUAGUCGCAGUAUUUGUUCAAGGACCCGCUUGGCAAUUCAAAGGAUGGCCAUGGGACGGAAAUCCAGUACAAAUCUUUGCUAACAUAUGUGCUUUCCAUCUAAAAUUCGACGAGAUGAAGCUGGACGCGAACGUGGCGCGCUGGGCGGUCACCGUCCUCAACCUGAGUCGCACCAAGCGGCAUCUCGACCGCGCUGUACUACUCGGCUUCUGGGAAACACUCGACAAACAUAUGAUGAAGAAUAAGCCGCAUCUUAGGUUUUAAGUUUGUUCUAGUUGCUAUAUUAUAUAGAUUUAUUAUACAUAGUAUGUUAUAGACUCCUCAUUAAUAUCAGAAUGCCUUCAUAUUGAGUAUAAAACACACACUUCAUACCAUUUAAGAAUUUGGCAUACCUACUACAGAAUGUGUAUCUAUAUAUCUAUUUAUGUACAGAAUCCCGAUCUUUAAAAUCCAGCAGGGUAGUAAAAAUCUUAAUUGAAAAUGAUGAUAAUUUAAAUAUAGUUUCUCGGAUGACAUAAUAAAUGUCUUAAUCGUAAGUAGGGAUCAUCCGCGGCGGAAAUUGAUAACGAUCUCGAUCGAUAUCUUAGGAUUUGUCGCGGUAAAUAGAUCAGAAUCAAGUUUGAUUUCAACAUAUAUCUAUAUAUCACUAGUUUGUUUCCACGAUGGAUUUGGACAUGGCCAACGAAAAAAUCUAUUUUUAAUUUUGUGGAAGAGGACCCAGCUGGAAUUUAAUGCUCGUGAGAUUAUAUUAUGUACCUAUAUUUUAAAAACAGACUGAUUGCUUAGGGAAUAGUAGAUAAUAAAUAUAAUACAAUAAAGGAUUAUACUGUGUUCAUUCAUUCUCGAAUAAGAAAAGAAAUAUGUAAUUGAAAGUUGGUAAAUAAAUUUAUAGAUUUUAUAUAUUUGACAAUUCGUAUUAGGAUAUUAUAACACAAGAAGUAAUGAUUUCUGGAUAGCUGUAAUUAUUCAUUAAAAGUUGAAUAAUAUUUAACGUUAUUAGGUACAAAAUAUAUCCUUGCUGUUUAUUGUACCAUGUCAGGAUUAGUUGCUCAUUUACUGCUUGUAUUUAUAUUGGAAAUAGAGCUUUUAAAUACUUGUGAACAUCAUAGAGAAAUAAUUUAUUGGUAUAUAUAGUUGAAUAUACAUUAUUAUUUGUCUUCUGUUUGUACAUGUUGUAUUGUUAGUUUUCAAUUGUUAUCCGAUUAAAUACGCUGAUAAGUAUAUAUGAAGCUAUCGAUUUUGAAAUCUGUUCGUAUGUACAAAAAUAAACUAUUGCAAUUGUUUGUUAGUGUGUAAAAUGUAUGGACGGCAAUCUUCAAUGUUUUCUAAUGCUCGUAAGUUUCAAUAUUGCUGACUUACUCGGAAUAUUAUGGUGAGAUGCAACACAACAUGAUGCAUAUUUUGCAAAAAACUCCUUUGGUCUUCUGUUCUAAAGCAUUCAGGAACAGCUGAUGUCAUAGUGAUGAUGGUUAUUGCUAUUGGAACCGUCGACAUUGUUCGUAAAUUGUUUAAUUCAUUCAAUACGUGGUUUAAUGAUACGUUGUGUUUAAUCGUCACACAUUUUAUUUAACUUAUAAAUUGCAGUACUGUUACCACCAAAACUUUUUAAUCGCUAACGUAAUUAUUUUACUUUUAUAAUAAAAUUGUUUUUUUUUUUUGCUACCUGAAGGAUAUUAUGUUUUGAGUAAAUGGAGCAUUGCCAAAUUAUUUUAAAUGGUAUUGAAAUGUCUUCAGGCAUGUGAUCUUUGUUUAAUGACAACAAUAAAUUGUUGAACAUAA